AUGCCGACCAAAGGUGGCGCCUCCGCCAAAUCAAAAUCUUCUGCAUUGAAAUCUAGCACACCAAAGGGACACCGACCGCCAGAUGAGCUGAAAUCACCGCAACCGCAACUGAGCGAUCUCGCUCAGUCGGACCUACGCAACUUUCUCAACAAAGCCGACAAACCAUUCGGUAUCGCGACACUACCAAACACGAAGAAGCGAAAGCGAGAGGCGUCUACAUAUAAUGCGCAAGAGGAUUUGUGGGAGGACAGGCUAUCGGUUCUAUAUGAGGUGCGACCGAAAGAUCGUUGGGAGAGUUUGCGCCGGUAUAAGAAGUUUACAGUUGGGACUGAGAGCAUCGCAACCGGCGAAUGUGUCCUGAUCAAGCAUGACGACACGACGGAAGAUCAGCGCAUCGAUGUUGCGGCACAGUGGAAGGCGAAAGUUCUGGAGGUCCGCGCGCUAGAUCAAGAGCACGUCUAUCUGCGCGUCGCAUGGCUCAAUCGACCAGAAGAUCUCUCAGGCGGUCGCAAACCUCAUCACGGCAGAAACGAACUCAUCCCUACGAAUCAACUCGACAUCAUCGACGCCAUGGCUGUCAACGGCACCGUAGACAUCGUACAUUGGAAGGACGACGACGAUAGUGCGAUGAUGACAGAGGAUCAAUUCUUCUGGCGGCAGACAUACGAUUAUGCCAAUACACGGACGUUUUCGAAAUUACGCCAGAUAUGCAUAGAUCGCCAACCACAUAACCCCGACGAGUUGAUCAUCCAGUGUUCACAAGAAAGCUGUCGGAAAUGGCUGCACGUGAAAUGCAUUGCCGACAACGCUGUGCAGCAAGCCUGUAAGUACCUCCAUCGCGCGAUCGAUGGCAUCUCCCUUUCCGGAAACAACGACAUUGACAACGUCCCACCUUUGCCACCAGACGACGAAUUCCACCCAACAGGUAAAUCCGCCCAGAAAUCCUCCAAAGAGGCCAUAACCCGCGCCAUCAAGAGCGAAUCCCCCGCCCUGGACCUCAAACUCAGCUCCCUCUCCCUCGCGCAAGCGCGCGCCCAGAAACACGGCUUCACCGCCGAAGUCUACAUCAAAGGCCUCCCCGCCGUGCCUCUCAAUGGCGCCGCUCCCGGGAUUUCCUCCACCACCACCACUACCGACACAUCCGACUCAAAAUCCUCCUCCUCCUCCGCCUCCGACGCCGUCAAAUCCGAAACCACCCCGACUCCCGCCGCAAACGAUACCCCCAUGCCCGACGCCGCCGCCGCCGCCGCGACGACGACGACACCGGACCGCAGCCUCGCACACACCGUCGCCAAUGCCUUCACCGCACCCAUCAUGCACGCCAUCUCCUCCAUCACAAACCCGGGCCCGACGACGACUUCAAAUCCCGCAGCGACGCCCGGGACGGUGAACGUCGCGAGCCUCACCCCGGCGCCCGCGAGCUCGAAUAGCAUCCUCCUCACGAGGCCGGACGGCACGAAGAAAAUCGAACCGCUCUGUUGUCUGUUCUGUGGAGUCGUCAUUGAGGAUUGA